UAGCAUUAUCAGUGUCUUUAAUUAUUUAUUUUUUUUUUUUUUCUAAAUACAAUAAAUUUUCGAGAUGUCUUCGUCAAAAGUAACGUGUUGUAUUCGCGGCUGUUCGAAUAUGCCGUAUAAAAAUAAUACACAGGUGAAAUUUUAUCGUUUCCCCGAAAGUUCACUGAACACCGCGUGGAUAACCUUCAAACGUCAAAAAUGGGUAAACGCUGUUAAAAAUCAUGUAAAGCAUCAGAAGGAUUGGGAACCAAAUAAAAAUACAAGGAUUUGUAGUGCUCAUUUUAUCAACAAUCAAAAAUCAGAACAUCCACUGCAUCCAUCUUACAUACCGACAAUUUUUCCUGGAAAAAAAAAUACAAAAAACAAUAUUCAGUUAGUUCAACGGUUUGAACGGUUACAGCAACGGAAAUCAAGGACUAAUAUAAUUAAUAAUACAAUCCCAAAUAAUAAGAAUAAUAAUAAUGGUUUAGACACUAGUAAUAAAACUGUAAUAGCAGCUGACGAGGAUCAAAAUUCUUCCGAAAUUGAACCACAGAAUAUAGAAACUUGUCAUGUUUCUAAUAUUGUUCUCCAAGCAGCAAGUCGUAGUGUAAUCUGUCAAACUGAGAAACUAAUUAGUGAAAGUAUUUUAGAUAAGCAUACGUAUUUUUUUUGUAAUAUUCAUACUUCCGAUGGUGUUAGUACUGCAGAAGUGCAAGUAAAUUUACCAAUUAAAAAGACAUCGGAAAAAAUGUGUCAAGUAAAUUUUCCGACUUUACGAAAGCCUAUCAAAGAUAUGGGAUGUGAUCUAAUCAGUCAAGGUUCAAGAUGAUCAAUCUUUAAGCAGUUUAGCCGGCGUCAAAUUUUCCAUUUUUUUUAAAUAUUCUUCUAGAUUCUAAAUCAUCAAAAGUUGAUGAGAGAUGUAAAUUAUUAAUUUUACCUUGAUAAAAUUAAAAACUGGCGUUACAUUCACCGCACUAGGGGUAUUAUUUAAUAUCCAUCGAACUCCAGCGCAAAAAAUAUUUGUAAGUAAUUUACAGCAACUCAAUAUUUUAUUUAAAAAAUGGUAUUUGUGUGGGAUCAGUUCCACCACAUUUUCCAAAGUUCCAAGUUUUUGCACAUCAAAUAUCUAUAAUUAAUUUUUUUCUGUGUUCUGCUAUACUGCGGAUUAAAUUUCCUGUAUGUGUUUAUGUUUCUAAUACUAGAUAUCUAUCCGGACCUUGUAACUAAAGUGUGCAAAAUUGAUAAAAAUAACAUAAAAUCAUUCAAAUUUUCAAAAAUAAAUAUUAUCUAAUACAUAAAGUAAUUUUAUAUAAUACCGUAAGAAGGACGGUGGUGAUAGAAAGGUCUAACUAAGAUUUAAAAAAUUUUUAAAACUCUGUGUAAUUUCAAUAUUCUUAAGGUGUACAAAAGCUUACCUAACAUUUUGUUACAAGUAGUUUGAACGGUAUCCGCCUUCUUUUGCUACACGGAAAGAAUUUUUGUAUGAAUAUUGCCCACAACACCGUUAUUACGCCUGUGUGUACUAGUAAGAGAUGUAGUCUAAGGCAAGAGUACGUUAACAUAGCCUUACUGAUGAGUCCGUUAACGUGCUGCGGACGAAACUACACACAAUACGGCAAACAGGCAUAUAUCUUAAGUUUUGGUGUUUGACUUAAAAGUCAGGACAUAGAAUAAUAAGAAAAUUAUGUCAUUUAUUGUAGCGCAGCACGGAACUGAAAAAUUUCAAAGAAAAAUCCAAAAUAAGGGCAUUUGUAUACCUUUGGUAUACACUUAUAGCUGAUUUACACUUAUUAAACAUCUAAGUAAGCAAAUUAAAUUUGAAUCUGCCGAUAAAUGCUUGUGGUUGAAAUUGGACUAGAAGCCAUUGGUCUAAUUUUGGAUUUUUGCUUAUUAAAAUACGUAUGGAUCCCUCUUGAAAACAUUUACCAAAAAAAUUUAUAUUUUAGCCAUCAAAAGCUACUAUACAAGCAACUUUACCGGAAGCUUUUAAAAUACAUUAUCUUGAAACACGAUUAAUAAUUGACUGCACUGAAGUAAACAGAAUUGUCACCAGAAGUGAAACAAAGAGUUUUAAUAUACUCUGAAUAUAAACAUCAUCAAACAGUUAAAUUUUCGGUUAGGUGUACUCCAAAUGAAGUUCUAAGCUUUUUAUCUGUGCUAUGAUGGUCGCUCUAGUGAUAGAUUCAUUACGAACGAUCGUGGAUUAGUCGAUUUUAUAGAACCUGGUGGUGUUCUAGCAGACAAAGAUUUCCCCCAGAUAAAAACGGCAGUGGAAAAAAAAAAUGCAAUUUUUAUUAUGUCUCCAUUUAGCCAUGGCACACAAUGUACACUAGAGGAAAUAGAAGGAACAUAUAACAUUAAUUCGGUGAGAGUUCACAUUGAAAGAGUGAAUCAAAGAAUCAAAGAUUUUAAGAUUUUUUCAAAAGCUACAGUAUUUUUACUUCCUCACAUCGAUCAAAUUGUAUUUGUAGUAUGCUGCUUGAUAAACAUUGAAAACCGAUAAUGAAAGAACAAUCCAUAAGCUGUGAAAAUCGAUAAGAAAAAAAAUUAUAAUAAAUUUAACAGGCAUCUGCAAAUUUUUGAAACAAAUAAAUUGUUCUAAUAAUAGUUUAUAGAAAAUUUUUAAAGUGGAAAUUUACGGAAACUAUCAAUGCAAUAUUUCAAAAGAUGUUUCUUUAGUAUUAAUAUAAAUUUUUUUGACAAAACUAAACAAUUGUCAGAUGUCUACUAACUUUUUUAUCAAAGAAGUAAAAUAUUAAAAUAAUUAUACAUAAUCAAUGAUGAUACAAAUACAGUUGAAUCCAUAAAAGAAUGGGCUUUUCUCCUUACUAUUAAGGUUUUCCCACUCCGUACUGACGCAUGCACUGUAAUAUGAAAAAUAUCCUUAUGCGAGUAGCGUGAAGUAUAGACAGAUUUUCUGUGAUGUAUAUCGUAUAGCUAAUGGUGAUUAUAGAAAUAUAAAAUAGCGCUACCUGAAGUUAAUAUUAUUAAGAAAUUCAAAACUAGGAAGGGAAUUAAUUAAAUUUUAUAAAAAGAACAAUACCUAAACUUAUAAAAUUAAACAUAAGCAAAUGAUGAUCGAAUAAAAAAAAUA